GCCACAAAACGAUACUAGAUCUAUUAUUAUUAAUUUUUAAAGCACGAAUAAGAAGGCAAAUUUUAUUAACCGAAUAUAAGGAAAAUAAUCACGCAAAUGAAUGAGUUUAACGAUCAGACAGUAUUAAAAAUAGCGGAGACAAUCGAACGCGCUGUUGAUGAUGAGCUUGAACGUUUCGAUCAGAUGGAUGACGAUGAAUUACGUGCGAUUCGGCAAAAGCGACUUAAUCAGGUCAAGGAAAUUCAAGUACGACGAGAGGAGUGGUUAAAAAAAGGGCAUGGUCAAUAUCUCGAGGUCUCUGAACCUAAAGACUUUUUUGAUUGGGUAAAAGGCUCUGAGCGAGUUGUUGUCCACUUUAUGCGGCGUAGUACCCCUCGAUGCGAAAUUAUUGAACGACACAUUCGUCUCAUUGCUAAAGAACACUUCGAGACCCGUUUCUGUUACGUAGACGUUGAAAGAAUACCAUCACUUGCCCAAAGAUUUAAUGUCAUGAUGCUUCCGACACUAAUGCUUGUUGAAAAGCAAAACACGUUCCAUAGUAUUAUUGGAUUUGAUGAAUUUGGAGGAUCUGAUGAUUUUACAACUACCACGGUAAAGCAAGUUCUUGGAUUUUAUGGAAUGAUCAAUGAGAAGGGAAUGUUCUCUGCUGAUCAGAGUGAUGAUUAAAAAUUAAUGUUGCGAUGCUUUAAUUUAACAAUAGCUGCAUUAUUCUACUACCCUGUUACUUUAGAAAAGAAAAA